AGGACCUUCUUAAAGCGGUGAUCAGAGGAAAAUUGCUGCUACGACUUAGAAAACAGAGAAAGAGCAGACAAUUAUUUGAGAUUACAGAGUCUCCGUGUAAAUUAAUUUGUUGUUUGGACCUGUGUUAUUGUGUUUAGUUACCCAAGAUCAGUGUGAGUUUACUGAAAUCACUGAAACAACUUAACCGGCAUACGAUUUGGUGGUCGCUGGGUGGGCAUUAUCCCCAUUCCCCAGCUAGUUAGCUGGCUAGCUGAGAGUGCUAGGUUGGCUAGCUAGCUAGCUAGCUAACGUGAACUGCCGCUUGUCGGCCGCUUGUAAACUCUGCCACGCAUUAUUCAGUCUGGGAACAGUGACGUUUGGCUAAACGUCUUUGGUUCAGUGUGUGAAAUCAAUCAUGGAGAACGAGUCUUGUGUAGAAGAGAGGAAUGGUGACGCUGCUGUGGACCAAGUUAAACAGCCAGCAGUCACAGCUCCUUACAGAUACACCAAGGAGGAGCUACUGGAAAUAAAAGAACUGCCAAUCUCCAAUGAAAGGCCAGAAUGCCUCUCUGAGAAAUAUGACAGUGAUGGUGUCUGGGACCCUGAAAAGUGGCAUGCCUCACUGUACCCCUCUUCAGAGCGUAGUUCUCCAGUGGAAGGUUUUAAGAAGGACUAUAUGGAUGACAGAGUUCCUUUAAAACGAAGAAUCCCAGAUCCACGUGAACGGUUAAAGGAGGAUGAUCUGGACGUCAUUCUUAGUCCACAGCGACGCAGCUUUGGAGGUGGAUGUCAAGGCAAUGCUGCACCUGUACCUCACAUUCGUCGCCCAAUCAGCCCCUUGGAAAAUAAGGAAAAUGAGAGUCUCCGUCUUGGAGGAGCUCGCAGAAUUGGCAGUGGACGUAUAAUCGCAGCUCGAGCAUUUGAGAGAGAAACCCGAGUGGAGAAAGAGCGGGAACGGGAGAGAGACUUUAAAGAUAAAAGAUUUAGGAGAGAUUUCAGUGAUAAACGUGUGUUCAGUGAAAGGAGAAGGAAUGAUUCUUAUGCAGAAGAGGAACCAGAAUGGUUCUCUGGUGGUCCCACAAGUCAGUCUGAGACAAUUGAGCUCAUUGGCUUUGACGACAAAAUUCUGGAAGAUGAUAAACGCAGGUCCAGGAGGUCUAAGAGACGGACAGAGUUGGUGAAAGAAGUGGAGUGUAAUGGUGGACAGCCUGAGGAGCAGAAUGUAGUUUUACAGUCUACAGCUGACCAGGAGGUUCCUCACACUGAUGUUUUACCAGAGCAGUCAACUGGAGACUUUGACUUCAACGAAUUCUUCAAUCUAGAAAAGACAAUGCCCGGACUAGCCUCUUACUCUUGUGCUAAAUCGAUGGAAAGUGCUCUAAACAUGAUAGAAGAUGUUUUGGGGGAGGGCCCAGUGUCUGCUAGCCGCUUCAGUCAGUGGUUUUCCAGUAACUUGAGCCCCUCAGGCAGCCGAUCCAGCAGUUUAAGGUCCACUCCUCAUGAGGAACUGGAAAAACUGGCAGGGCUUGAACCACGCUGCACAUCACCAAGCCAAGGCCCUGCACCGUAUUUCACACCCAUACAAUCCUCAGAUUGCAAAGAGAAGGUUGAUAUCCUGGAGAUGCUGCACAAGGCGAAAAUAGACCUGAAGCCACUUCUUUCUACACUGUCAGUCAACAAGGCUCGGCUACGGGAAAGCACUCACUCUGGAGUGGUGCUCUCACUGGAGGAAGUGGAAGGAGAAAUGAAGGGGAUGAAGCUCGGCUCUGAACCCCACGUGCGAAAGGUACCGCCCCCACAGAGAGGAAACGGCACACCUUUUAUGGCUGAACAUUUGGAGGAGGCAUUAACGGGGGGUUCUAGUUCCCGACCCCGUUCACGAGACACAGACAUGUCAGCCUUUAACAAGCUCGUCAGCAGUAUGAAGGCAAGUGGAACUCUGCCAACUCACCCCAAAACCAACACAAACAAUCAACCUGCAGAACAAGCUGUGGUGACUAUGUCUGAGGCCCAGGUGCCAGGGCAACAGCAGAAAAACAUAUUCCAGGAGCUCUUGGGAGGUCCUGCUCGCAGUUCUUCCCCUACGUUGCUUGGCAAUCUUUUGGGCAGCUCUGAGGGUUCAGCAACCUCUGCGCCUUUACAUGGACUGCUCCACAAAGGCCCUUCACCUCCCCUUUUUCCCCAGAGGGCGCCCUCACCUGACUACUUUAAUAAUCGAUUGCAAUCCUCAGCAGGAUUUCCAGUUGGUCCUCAAGCCAUGCUCCCUGAACAAUUUGCUGAAUUACACAGAUCCAUCAGCCCGGGAUCUGCAGCACAACAGCAGAUGAGAGCAAUCCCCAUGCCAGUGAAUCAGGCGGACCUGGAAGCACUUGCAUUUCAGCAGGACCUUGCUCUUCAUGCCCAUCACUCAUUCCAAACUGGCUACAACAAGCCACCACAGGACAAAGCUUUUAGAAAUCGACCACAGCGUGUUAAUCGUUCCCCUGGUCCAGGCCCUCAGCCUGCUGGAAGAAACUCUCCGGGCAAUGCUGUCACAAGUAUGUUGUCUCCAUCGUUUACACCAACGUCUGUGAUCCGCAAAAUGUAUGCAACAAAAGAAAAAGGCAGGGAUGAACCAGGGAGUCGUUCAGAGUCAAAGGAUGACACGGCAGCAGCUCACUCCCAAGAAGAUAGCAGCUCCCCAAACAUGUACCUGGAAGCAGUGGAUGGAAAUGCUGCCCAUUCUGCAGGAGCAAAGGCUGGCUCUGCUCCACUGUCCUCCCAAAGCAAAGACCAAGACCGACUCAGGCCCAGCACGACGGGACACCAUACACCUGCUGUAGUUCCUCCAGGGCCGUCCUCAUCUUUCCCUCGUCCCGUCUACCCUGUACCGCUGCUAUCCCACGUACCCAUGGUGCGCCCCCAUCCUCAGCUCCACCCUAAUGUGGUUCAGCGAAUGCUGGCACAAGGUAUCCAGCCCCAACAGCUUGGACCGGCCCUAGUGCAAGCAGGCAUAUUUCCACCGCAUGUUGACCUUGCACAACUUCAAGGCUUGCCUCCUGCCCUGCUAGGACAACCACUGUAUCCUCUAAGUGCAACAGGCCACCCUCUUCUACCUCCCAGAGCCAAUACUCAGAUGCAGUUAGCAGUAAUGCAGCAACAACUUCAGCAACAGAGACCAAUUCACCCCAGUGUCCCAGGCCCUCAGUCACAGAGCCAAGGCCCUCACCGGACAAACAGUUCCCAGCGACACGGGGGCAGCCCCCCUCUAGGCCUUGCCAAGUGGUUUGGAUCAGAUGUGCUGGAGCAGCCACUCCCCUCUAUGCCAGCCAAAGUCAUCAGUGUUGAUGAAUUGGAGUUCCGGCCAUAAUAAAUUGGAAGCACUGUGCUGGAUAGCCCCAUCUUCACCUCCUUGUUUCCAGAAAAAUGUGAACUUUACUUUGAAAGAGAGUGCACAGACCUGGACAGUCUAACCACGCUUUGUCUUCAACCUUGAAGUCACUGCUUUUGAAGAGGCUUAUUUUCAGAAAAGGGAAGACGAGUGAUGGAAAUUUGUUUUUGCAGCUGAGUGAUAUUUUCUUUUUGUAUUAGACUUCUUGCAGUAAAUAAUGUAUAGGCCCAAUUGUACAGACUGUGGGAAAGAAACUUAUUCUCCCUGUAUAUAGUUAUUGUUUCUUUUUUGUGGUGUGGGAAAGUUAAAUCUAUCCUGCAGUUCAGAUAUAAACUGGGAGUGACAACAAGAGAUGGUAGCAUUCCUUUGUCUUGUCCACUAAGUAGUAUUUUUCCCCCUGAGCUGCUCUGAGAAAGGGCCACAGUUUGUGAGAAGUGCUGAAUUGAGGAGUAACUUUAGUGUAUACUCUACCCUUACUUUGUGGUAUGGUGGACGGGCCUUUUCUGAAUAUGUGACUAGCUGGAGCUUUUCGAGAGAACUCCAGGGGAUGCAGCGACUGCUGGUUGUGCCUUUCUUUCUGUAUAUUUUUUUUUCUUUCUUUUUUUUUUUUUUCCUGUAAACUGUCUCCUGUCCAACCUGAUACUUGUGGGAGAACAGUGCUCACAUGAGGCUAGUUUGAGGCUGGUUGGGGGUCAGUUUAUGUUGUGCUAUUUAUCUGUUAAAAAGCACAAAUAGAAUUAAUAAAUAAACUGAGUAAAACCCA